UUGGGUUAAGACGGGUUGGGUUAACACGGGAUUAGGUAAGGGCUAGGUUAGGUAAGGACGGGUUAGGUAAAGAUGGGUUAGGUUAAGACCGGUUGGGUCAAGACGGGUUAGGGUUAACCGGCUGCCACAAACUCAAUUUAACUUAAUCACAAACUUACAUCACUUUGUUUCCCCUGUGUUAGAAAGCAAAAAAAAUAAAAAAAAAUAAAUCAACAAAUAAUCCUGAGAUUUAAAUAAUCAGAAUAAAAUCUGGAGAUGAAAAACAGGAAGUGAGAGAAUGGCCGCUGAGGAGACGGAGAUAAAAACAUCAGUGUUGCUUCAUCAGAAAAAACAAGAGACAUGGACAUUUCCAGAGAAGACACAACUUUUUAAAUUUCCACUGACUCAGCACCACACCCACCAAAGUCAGGGGGGGAGGAGUCAAACAUGUAAUAAUUAAAUAAAUUCAUAAUUUAGUAAUCACUAAAACAAAAAACAUUCAUAAAAAGAAAAUCAAAUGAUUAAAUCCAGAAGAAGGCAACAGUGUUAACAGUUGACUUUGACUUAACUGUGCAACGAUACAACCUUUUACUCUCACACUCAGCCUGAGCUGGAUUAAAGAGCUUCACCACAUAUUCAGAUUAUGUCACUUAAUCUGAUGACAAAUAAUCAUCACAUCACAUAACAAUAUCAAAGUGUAUCAUUAUGAACCUUAAUCUAAAGAAAAUGGUUUCAAAACUGAGAAAGACAUUUCUUAAUCUCAAACCUGAGGCUUGAUAACAAACAAUGAGUGAUGUCAGCAAAGGUCAAAGAGCAUCAGCGUCAAAGACUUUGAAGAAUUUGUAAGGAAAGAGGAGACAACACACACUUGAUGAUGUUUCCCUCAUGUUAUUCCUAUCUUUGUCAUCAGUGUUUCUGUGCAUAUAUAAAGGUUCACUAACCCAACAUAACUGACCUAACCUGACCCUAAUCCUAACCCAGAGACGAGAAGAAUAAAAUCACAAGAUUUAGCCUCUUGUGUUCAGUGUUAUUUGAUCAAAUCAGGCCUGAGGUUUUCCCUUGUGCUUGAUUGAUGAAAACAUUCUCAGGCAUGUAAAAUGUCAAGUGUUCACUACAAGUUUUCUUCCAAACUGGAUGAAAAGAUUGUGACUUUUGAUGGGCUUCAUAUCACCCUCAAAGAGCUUAAACGGCAGAUUAUGAGCCAGGAGCGCCUCAAGGCAACAAACUGCAACCUACAGAUCAGAGAUGCACAGACUGGAGAAGAAUUUACUGAUGAGGAAACACAAAUCUCUAAAAACUCAUCUGUGAUUGUCUGUCGCACGCCAACAUUUGAGGGAAAACCUGCUGGAGGGAAGUCGACUGUUGUUUGUUCCCGUAGAAGUCGUUGUGAAAAUGCUGCGGUGGAAUCUUCCAGAACUGCUGAUUCUUCCCCCUUUGUGUCACUGGCCCGACUUGCCAAGACUGCUAAUCUGGUGGCUGCAGAUGCAUCAGAGGAAGACAAGAUUAAAGCAAUGAUGUUUCAGUCUAACAUUCAAUAUGAUACUUCACAUUUCACUGAAAAGGCAUUUGGACCUCCACCUGCUAACUAUAUUUGCUUCCGCUGUCUAAAGACUGGUCACCACAUUCGGCAAUGCCCCAUGGUGAUGGCCCAGGAUAAAAGUGUUAAAGGUCCAAAGAAGGUAAAGACCAGUAAGGGUAUUCCUCGGAGCUUCUUACUGAAGGUCACACCAGGAACCAAAGGAGCCAUGUUAACCAGCACUGGAGAAUAUGUGAUACCUGCAAUAAAUGCGGAAGCAUAUGCACAAGAAAAGAAGGAGCGUCCUCCCUUUGUUCCAGAUGAAAAAUCAUCAUCAAAGGAUGACUCCAAACCAGUUCCUUACAAACUCCUCUGUCCACUGUGCAAUGACCUGGUGACAGAUGCUGUGGUCACACCGUGCUGUGGAAAUGCUUGCUGUGAUGAAUGUAUCCGGAAUGCUUUGUUGGACUCAGAGGAGCACAUCUGCUUCAUAUGCAAGCAGUCAAAUGUUUCACCUGAUGAUCUGAUUGCCAACGAAUUUCUUCGACAGACUGUAGACAACUAUAAGAAUGAAACAGGAUACAUGGAACACACACACCAGCAAGUCCAACAUGCAGCUCUGGAGACACUUCACCCUCUGUCAAUCAGUCUUCCAUACUCAGGACAACAGGACCCACUUGUGGACAGUGUCCCGCCUCCUCAACCACAGGUCCUGCUGCCUUUAACUUCUCCUGAUGGUUCUCACAUAACUGCAGACACUGCUCAAGAUGUUCCAGUAUUGUUAACAGUUGCUAUUUAUCAUCAUUCUCCUGAGGACUCCACCAGCCAGGCUGAACCACUGCUAGCAUGUAAAACAGAUCCAGAACCUUGUGUAACAACAGACUCUGAAGAAACAUCAGAGAGUGGAGCACCUGUUUACCAUUUACCUGUUAUUGGUCAACACCCAGCCACAAGGCCACCUCAUCCAUCAGGUCACCAGUUGAGACUCCAGCACUGUUACAGACACUGGAAGAGGUCCAACAGAAGGAGAGGAGAGUCUCUACUCACCCACCUCCAGACAGCUCCGCCUCAGGCACCAGCUCUUCCAGUCUACCCGUCUCUGUACCAGCCCCCACCACAGUCCUACCCCCCACCAUAUCCCCAGCCCCACACCUCCUGCCCCGGCUUCAUCGCUCCACCUACAUUAUGUUAUCAAACAAACACCAUUUAUGCUGCUGGACCACAAGGGUUCCAUCCACCCUGGAUGGCUCCCGGAUCUCAGACUCCUCGAGUCCAUCUUACACCCUCCUUCUCUCAGGAAGAUUUCUUCAGACAGCAGCACAGACAGGACAAAGUUAAUACAGAAUUUACUAUCGACUAUCACAAAGAACUCAUGGAGUACAAAAAUAUACAAAAAAGACGAAGACGGUCUUCUUCCAGAUCACGGUCAAACAGUCACUCUCCUUUAAGCUGUUCUUACACUCACUCCAAAUCCAGAUCGAGAUCCAGGUCUUAUUCCCGCUCCCCACACUCCAGACUCAGAUAUGAAGGAUCACGAAUAAGAUCCCGCUCCCGGUCUGACGAGUAUCGGUUAUCUGGCUCACCAUUGUCUCCUCCCUCCUAUUAUUGGGAUGGAAGCUGGGAGAGAGCAGAAGGAGCAGGAACCUACAGAUGGAGGCCACAGUCUCGCUCCCCUGGUUCCUACUGGAGCUGCAGCCACAGCGGAUGGAAGGCGCCUCUUCAUGGGCAAGUGCUGUAUAAACUACAAGGACCAAGUGUAGAAAGCGAGGAGCACUCGGAGAGAGAAAGAUUCCAACAAUGGGAAAGGAACACAGACUGGUAUGACAUACACUACAAUGGCUUUGACAAUCAAAACCCUUCUCUACAUUACAAAGAUCGUGACAAGAGUCGAGGCAAGAGGAGAGAUUACUCCUCCCAGGAGAGAGGAAGAAGAGAGAGAGAAGAGAGAGGAGCCCCCCCUCAUCAUCCUCCCUUCCCUUUGUCAUCAGGAAAUAAGUCUCACUCUAAAGCCCAGAAAAUAAGGAAAUUAAAAAAGAGAAAAGCUAGAAUGGAACCAGAACCAGAACUAUCACAUCCGUCAACAGACAAAGUGAAUGCUUCUUAUGUUAGGGAUAUAAUCUCUUCCCCUUCCAACUUCUCCAAAUCUCUAUCACAAAGUGCUUUCUCACCCAAGGCUUCAGCAAAGACUCAGUCUGACAAGACUCUGGGGGACAAUGAUAAGAAGUUACGUGUUAAAGUGAAGACAGUGAGUGUGAAGGUAAAAAAAAGGACAGGAGAAAAAAAAGAAAGAAAAGACUCCUCCUUUUCCUCUCCUGUCACUAAACCACUGAAGACCAUGAAAGCCAAACCAGAAGAUGCUUUGAGCUCAACGACCCUUAAACAGAAGAACCUUAAAAGUUCUACAGUUAGGUCUGUUCUGCUUAAGACCUCACCAAUGUCCUCCCACAACCUGCCUCUACCUCAUCCUUCUGUACCUUCUGACAUUCAAGGAAGAAGAGAUCUUCCACCAAGCAGUGGUCUCCUUUCCAACCGCCAUCAACAUGAACCGCCACUGCAUAAUCAAACUCCCUCUCUCGUGAACAGGUGGAAGAGGAAGGGAGAGGAGGGCGGCUCUUUAUCGAAGCCUCCUGGAAAGUGGAGGAGGAUUAGCGAGCUUGGUGCUGAUGUCUUUUCUCACCAGCUGCUGCUCCACAGACUCCGGCGAUCAUCAGACAGACCAGGUCUUCUUCCUCUUCCAGGAAGCAGUGACAUGAGCCAGGGAGAUGCGGAUCGAGAAGCCAUCAGACCAAUGCCGGACCUGCCAACGCCACCCACCCAAAGGAGGAUAAAGUUGACCAGAAAUGUGGUGAGAAGAAGCACAGAGACACCAGUCUCAGAGAGGGAACCAUCAACUCCUUAGAAGGCUGCAUUCAUCUUCCAACUUUUCUGAAGGAGACAGAACCAGUAGCAAAAGAGAUGAAAGAAGGGAACCGUCUGCAUCUGCUGAUGGGGGAGUCUGUCUUUAGAGACCAGAGCUAUGGA